UAUAUGGUUGAGGGCUGUGUUCCAAACUCCGGAGCAGAAGGUGGCGGUAAUGCACCUAUUUACGUUGGUUGCCAGCAGCCGUUAAAAAACAAGAAGAAGAAGAAGAAGGGGUGGUCACUCAGGACAGGUGCGCGAGCGGACAGAGUGGCCAUGUACGCAGGUGAACGGGAAAGAGGAAAACAUCCUGAGAGGCAUGAUCUUUGUUGUGGCAGUCUGAACAAUGAUAAGAUCCUGAUGAAGAUGGGUUUGGGGCUGGUGCUGGUGGGUCAUGUGAACUUCUUGUUGGGGGCACUGGUACACGGAGCUGUGCUCAGACACAUAGAAGUGUUCUCCUGGAACAAGAAACUCGUCUACCCCAUCUCCAAUGUCAUCGCUCUUGUGGCAGGACUUGUGGCAAUUAUUGGUGGAAUCUCAGCUAUUGUCCUCUCAAAGUACAAGAAAAACCAGCUGCUGAGUUGGUUUCUACUAAUUGUGAGUGUCUUGGCUGUUCUCUUGGGUGCUGCCUCUGCAGUGGGAAUCACUGUUGCCACAGUCAGGGCCAUAAUGUGGGAAGGACAGACUCUUUUUGCCCACUGCAACCUGCCUAGCAACAUUACCUACUACAGCAUCACAAAUGAAUGCCCCUUUGACCCCACACGCAUCUAUGGUACUACAUUAAUCCUAUGGUUUCCAUUGAUUCUGAUGUCAGUGGUGGAGGUUGUGUUCUCCUGCCGCUGUUUCUUGGCUUGCACUUCUUUCCUCCGGUUGCGCUGCCCAUGGAGGAGAAAUGUCAGGGUUCAGGUGUGUGUCCAGCUGCCAGAAGAAACCGCACUUCCACCAGGAGACGACCCAAACGAGGAGGAGCCAACAGAACAGAACAACCUACUUGACAAAGACACAGUUGCUGUGGAGACUAGUGAUUGGCUGUAAUUCAUUAGUAUACAUCACAUGGAAUUGCUGCAUGACAGUGGAGCAAGAAAUACCAAGUGCCAAUCCAAAUAAAUGCAGAGAGAUGGUGCUCUGACAUCUGUCUUAGUUCAGCAUUAAUGUUGUGUGUUAUACCUCAGUCUUAAAGGGUCAGACUGUGUGACCAAGGCCAAUACUAUUGCUUUCACCAUGUAAAGUGCACAAUGUUUAUAUAUUAACAUCAUUAAUGUGUGAUAUGCUUGUUUUAUGUUUGUUACAUAUUUUCUACACUGAUGGGAUUCCUUGUUACAGGGCAUUUGUAUAAAAUAUUUUUCUAUUUAAAACUCAGCUUCUAAAAUUGCUCUUAAUAGGAUUGACGGGUCAAAUAUAUGUAUGCUUGUAAA